AUGUCUGUGUUGAAGGAAGUAUUCAACCACCUCGUCCUGCCACCACAGCUUCCUGGCAAACAGGAUGCCAACAUCGAAAGCACCGGUGAUGACAUCGUCGUCCGACUCGUUCAUGCUACGAAUACGCUGAGCCGACUCGCUGGCCACGAACAAACAUUUCCCUGGCACGCCAUUCGUCAGUAUCUUCAUCGCUAUCAAUUUCUUCAUAUACACGGUCGGCUCGAGAAGCUGUCGCUGACCUCGAAGCUUUGCAACUUUGACCAGGAGCAACCGCUUCUUUUGCAUGUCGCAGAACAGAACGCCGCGCUGAUCGUUCGUUAUCAUGCCAGUGCCCAAAUCGAAGCUGUUGUGUUCGAAGCUUUCGAGAUAUCGCCCCCAUCUGCCGAGGUCCUGGCUAGCGAAGGCGCCCUUAUCUGCGAUUUCCCGGACUGCUCGGCGCAGAUACCACUCCUUGAGUUUCAGAAGCCGUCGUUCCAGCACGCGCUAGCUAACUUUCUGGAAAAGGGCAGCAUAGAGCCCUUGAGAUGCUUCCAGGCGUUCGUAACAAAGUCGCAAACUCCGAUCGUCGAACCGCGAGAUACAGGAAGUCCAAGGCUCAUAACGCACCUUCUCAUACCCUUGCUCGAGUCCAUCGGGUCCUCAGUAGACGAAAAUGUUCCUCGCUUGAGGAAACAGGUUCGCGACGAUGCCGUUAUUAGAGCCGCAGAACUGCCGUGGCGGAGGUUGCCUCUCUGGAUAGCAAUACGUGUAGGUAUCCAGAGACAGCUGCAGCUCUUGCUAAGAAGCGAGGUUGGAAGAGUCUACUACAAGUUCUUGAUCAUCACUGUGCUUGUCGAGUUUCUGCGCGACUGCCCUGGGGAGCUAGCACCUGAGCUGACGAUGAUGCUGCAAGCCAAAGUCUGUCGUCGCCUCGCAAAACUUGACUUUCUUCGAGGAGAGCAUCAAGGAAGUCACCCAACUUCCCAAUUCCUGUCUCUUCCCAACAGCGAGCCGUACCUCCAGAGUGUUCUGCAUUCAUAUCGCGCGCAGAAGAGAACCUUGCCAUCAUUGCAGCUUCCAUCAUUACACGGCACUACGAUUGAGCAGGUUGAGCUUUUUACAGACAAGUACCACCAAUUGGCUGAAUUAGAGGGCAGGAUCGAAAGAAAGGAAGAGCCUCAAUUGACUGAAGAUCUCACUCCCGAUUCGUCUUGCGAGAGGCUAGCCCAUGCAAUACUCGGUCUCGUGGACAGUGUUGGAGCAGCGUACGAGUCCGACCCCGAGCAAAUGUCUAUCUUCAUUUUGAGUCUCUUUAGACUUUGGGUGAGGCUAGACAGGUACAUGGCCAAGAUCUGCCCUAUGAUCCGUGACUACCACCCAGCGUUUACUCCUGCACUUUUGGAUGCGCUGCAUCUGCCAACUGCUGCAGAAAUGCGGCGGCUUCGUAAUAUUCAGCGCUAUCUUCGCAGCAGGUGCGAGGAAUGCAAGCAUCAGACGACAAUAUUCUCUGUACCUGAGAGGGAAAGCUUUGUGGUGCGAUACGUCUCGACCUCUAGAUCAAUGCAGCGACUGCACCGACGGAUAGAAUUAGCGUCCGAGGCGUCACGUCAGGCGAAGACGUCAGAGUUGGAGAAAUGGUGGUCUGAUUUCGACGAACAUUCUUUGGGGAUCUCUGGAGGUACAUGCAUCUGCACAUUCAAGCAAGAUGGGACGCGGGACGUAAGGGAUUGCACCAAAUGCUGGCACUGGCGAGUUCGAAACCGCAUGCAGAUCUAUGCGCAUGAGGACUUCCUCCCAAGCGAUCCGAUCAAAGCAUCAGCAGUCGUCUUUGAGUUGGACAUACCAAAGUCUCUCGCCGCGUAUCGGAGUGCAACAUGGAGAAUCAUCGUGUUGGCUUAUCCGGCCAAACCGCAGUCUGGAUCGCCGACUAAACUCUUGAGAGAUUACGACCCCCUCGCUUCAUAUGCAUCAAAACACUCCACCAACAUCACUAUUGCGUCAACAUCUAAGUCAUUCCGUGGCACGCACUACAGGGUCAGUAAGAAGAGGAUGAAGGCAUCCGAGUCCGAUGUACUCUACCCCAAUGGGCUGAACUUUUCCUACUUUGACACCGCUUCGAACACCUGGCUCAAGGACUUCGAUAAACCAUUGACUUUCCAACAUGAGUGCGGAGUACAUGUGCCGCCUGGACUUCGCAGCUCCGUGUUACCGAGCUCGCCGCACCCUCCCACAGUGGCAACUGGGCCAUCGUCCUACGAAAUCGUCGCAUCAGAGACAAAAUGUCCGUCUAGCCUGUCCGUGCACGAGUUCACGGCUUGUCAGCGACUACUCUCAGGCAAUCAUCGACGAUGGUUGACACUGUUGGUCGAACUAGGCGCAUCAAAUGUGAACUUCAGCAACGAGAGCACUAUGCAUAUGUUCAAUCACCUGGCUACUCAAGCUGGGCCGGCGAAGAUUAGCGACGAUACACUCGGCGCCAUUCACGUGGUAUUCAAGGACAGAUCGUUCUGUGAAUGUCUAGCCGCACAAGUCGAGAAGCGCCUCAGCGACAUCGCGUCAAAUUGGCGCGAGGUUCACUGCAUGGAGGUCAUGAUCACGCUGGGUCUGCGCCUGUACGACUUGACAGCCCCCAUGUUGCGAGCUGAUGAUCUCUUGGCGCAGGCGCGUCGCAUCACCUUGACUUGGAUCGCCCGUCUACGAACCGAUGUCAGAAAUGCCAAAGAAACCUCCGUCGCCGAAACAGCCGCAAGGUACGCUUUCUGGGCUGCGUUGCUCUGCCGCAGGACAUUUUCUAACAUCAGAAAGUCUGACGCUGCCAUGUCAGAGGACGAUCUGUCAACGUUUGUUCAAGCGUCAUUGGCUCUUCAGGAAAAUCUCCUCGUGGAUGUGGCCAAGCUACCACCAGCGCUGAAGAGGAUGUUGAUCCGAGACACCAAGAUGACUCACAGAAUCAAAUCACGUUUGCUGCAAUCCAUAAGAGCCCACCCCCGAAGUAUCGGCACGGCUAUCAACGCAUCGUGGUCGGAACCGGGAGGUUCAGCUGAGAAAUCCUUCCGUAAUUGGCAGCAGGUCUCAGCGAUACAUGAUAAGUGGGUAGUGAGUUGGAUGCAGACUUCGAUGAAGGAUCAAGCAAACACGCAAGUAGUUCACUACAACUUCAUGGAGGGUCACUUACUGGUCGAUGGGAAGCCUCUGGGACGUCUUCCACGCGACCUGCGAGAGUCAGAUGAGGUAAGGGAGCUCUUUGGCGACAGGAAUCUUCUCACCUUUCCGUCUGCUGCGUUCGGCAUGUCGUAUGUUCUCGCAUCGCGGAUACACAACCACGAAAUACAUUUUGGAUCUCGCAACGGGCGCGUCGUCGUCCGCGCUUGGACUCGAGACGAGCUGCUGGAAUAUAUUCCUUCUCGCCAUUUCGCUGGGCUCGAGACUGCUGACCUUCCGGCUGCCCUCGUCUCCAGUUGUGCGCACUGGCUGAAUCUGAAGACGAGAUGUCUUGAGAUCCGGCGCAAGCCUGUUCUGUGGAAGACGAGGAAGAGUGACUGGAGGAUCGAUCUUAUCAAACGGCAAGCUUAUCGAAACGACCGAACGUUAUUGAUCGAUCCCAAUUCUCCCCUCUUUAAGCAAGUUGCAACCCUCUUUCGCCACUUUGAAGACCCGCACAAGAUUACCGUUUUCCAGCCUGCCAAUUCCAGGGGGAGACUCUCCGUCGAGCUCCGCCACUUGGCACUCUCGUUCUUCGUAAACCGGAAAGGACUUCUCCAGUGUCGAGAAUUGGACGAGGAGAUAGAUCCCGACCAAGAUGUCGGCACGUUUUACGGCCUUGAAAGCAAAAUCGUACUGCGAGAUGUCGUGAACAGCAGGCGCCGUAGCGUGAUCAUGCCUCUUGGGCCAAUAUCGUCUAUACGUCGUGGUAUGCAUGUGGUCGUUCGAGCGGCUGGUGGCACUGAUUUCGCAAAGUUUGGGAUCGAUGACGUGCUUGGACGAUUGUCCUGUCCUCUCGAGCCGCGGUUGUUGUAUGCAAAAGCCCAAUUUCAUGCAUAUACAUCGUUUGUCAUACCAGAUCGGUUGACUGGCCGUACUGGCACUGAGGAAGCAUUGUACAUGCUUCGGUCGGGUCAAUGCCAACCAUGGGAACCGCUGGGAGGUGCAGCGGUCGCCACUCUCCAAACAAUCGCAGACCUAAGCCCAAAGCGAGAAUACUAUCCGCAACACAAGCAGGCACUGCAAGCGGUUUCCUGGAACACAAGGCUGACCAUGACCAUUCAACAUGAUGCAUACGAAGGACUUGUCCAGAACAUACUCGAUAAGUCGGAUUGUCUGCGGCUCUUUGUUCAGAAUGCAGCGGAGGGUAGCAUCAGCGUAUACGACCCGUCUCACCUUCGGAAACGGGGUCUUACGCGACGCCGCCUCUAUGAGCGCCUUUUCGACGGCACGAAUCGAACAGCAGCUUGUGAUCGGAUGUACGAAUCGCGUGGCCAAGAACCUGAUUCGGAGCAAGCACGUAAUGUUUAUCAUAUUGCGAGCCUCUUCCGGAAGCGACCCUUCCGCAUUGACACACGUAGAGAGCUUUCUGCGAUACUGCAGGAUUGGCAGCUUAUCGGCGGCUUCCAUGAGGGACGUCAAGCCGACGCUGCGAGUCUGAGCGACCUGGUAGAUAUGAGUAUCGACGAGCAAUGGGGGAGACUUGUGAACCUCUGUCGCCACUCCAAACUCGACGAGCCCUAUAAUCUGAUGUUCCGCCUCAGUGUCAUGUCGCUCAAUCCCAGAACUGAUCCGGACGUCAUGAAGAUCCUGGCAGCGUUUGCAUCCCUGCCGAAGUUGAGGAACUCAAUUCCCCCAUCUUGCCCCUCAUUCAGCCAGUUCAAGUUCAACGAAUUGCCUGACAUACGGUCCAUCUUUCGUGUGAUCUCUGUUGACCUCCCAGAGAAGCAUCAGAAAAUGCAGAACAAGGCCGAAGCAAGGCACCGCAAGGCAUGUGAAGCUGAGGGGAAACGAUUAGCGCAACACUUUCUCAACCAGUGGCCAGAUAGGAAGGUUUCCCUGAACAGAUUCGAUUCGGACCUUCUCGAUGUAGGGCUCGCAAUGGAACGUGUCGUGCCGGAAUGGGAGCGCCUGCAUUCGAACCUACUCCUCUCAGCGUAUGUCAGUGAUGUGCAAGAUGUUUUGAAGGAUUAUGAGGGAGGUAGUGGUACGUCACGUCCUAAGGCUUGGAGAUGGGACCAAGAGCCAUUCCCUGGGACCUCUUACGAUCCUGUCGUGCCGUCGAUCUCGAAAGAUCUUCUUAGCAGACCGCUGGCAGCAUCUUUCGGACAUCAGGCAUGCGAGCUGCUACUGCCCAAAAACAGCAAACUUGCUUCUCAUAUAGAGGGGAGCGCAAAACCCCGGAUGCCAGCCAAGGAGAUCGUUGAGCUACGGCAGAUCCUUUCCGAUUUGGCACAGUCAUCCAACCCUCUCCGCCAACACUAUAGGCUAGAUCUGAAGAUGAGUCUUGACGCCCUCGAAAGAACCAGUAAUCAGACUCAAGUUCCCCAUGCUACCCCGAAUAUCUCAGAUAACGCGAGGCGCACUCAGGAACUCCAUGCGAUAGUAGCCACUCAUUUGUCUCGGAUUCGCGAGGCUCUUGCCAGAGAUGACAACUGCUCCUCGUGGCUACGGCUUGGAAACCUCUGGCCUUGCACGACGUCCAUCGCACUUUUGGAGCAGCUGCGCUCAAGCUCGUGUUGCAAGUUUGGGAACUUCGUACAAGAGACGAUUGUGGCACACGGUAUUCUCAUCACGAAACUGCAGCGGCUGACACGAAUCCACAACGCGCUGUGUCACGAUAAAGGCAAGGAUCUCCAAGCAGAACUCGGAAACUCUGGCCAUGAGAACUGGAGCGCCCUGGAAUGGCCGGACUGGCUUCUCCUAGAGAUUGAUAGCGACAUUCUGAUCCGGCGGGAGCAGGUCGACGUUGCACACGCGAUAAUUGCAUCUGAAUCGGGGAAGAACACAGUACUGCAACUGAACAUGGGUAAAGGUAAGACAUCGUGUAUUGUUCCGAUGGCUCUAGCGGCGAUAGGAGACGGCAAGCAGCUUUCGCGUCUCAUCGUACCCAAGCCAUUGCUUUUGCCGACUGCGCAGAUGAUCCAGUCACGACUGGGCGGCUUGGUGGGUCGCGAAAUACGACAUAUUCCCUUCUCUCGUAAGACCAACAUCAACCCGCAGAUACUUCAGCUAUACAGGAACCUCCAUCAGGAAAUGUUGGACAGUCGGGGUGUUGUGUUGAUUGCGCCUGAACACCUUCUCUCGUACAAGCUUAGUGGCCUCCAACAUCUUGCUAACUCCAACCUGGAGACUGCACGCGAGGUACUUGAGACCACUAGCUUCAGCGGCACUAGCGACAACAAAACGAUGCUGCCGCUCACCAUCCAGCAAAGCGAUCUGCCAAGUCUGCAUCAAACUAACGCCGAGGUGCUCACCUACCUAUUGCAAGAACGAAAUCGUGGAUACCACACCGUUGCUCAUGGAGGAAGGCGGCUAUCAGAAACAGAGUUCCUUGGCCAACUGAGAGACAAGAAGAUUCGAGUUCUCAUCGACGCUGGUGCCUACAUACUCGAGAUGAGCAACGAAGAUCUAGUCAAGACGUGGAUGGACAUAGAUACGCAGCCACAGGCAGCUGUAUACUUUGGCACUGAUAAUCGAGCCUGGGUGCGAUAUCGUGGCACCAAGGCGCGAGUGCCCUUGCUAGCAACCCCACUUGUCGACCAUCUAGACGAUUGUCUCGUGUACCUGGAUAAAGCGCACACACGGGGCAUAGAUCUAAAACUGCCUAAAAAUACUCGCGGCGCGCUAACGCUUACUCUUGGGCAGACCAAGGAUCAUACUGUGCAAGCUGCUAUGCGCCUUCGGCAGCUUGCGACCACUCAGUCUGUUUGCUUCUUCGCCUUCCCAGAGACUCACCAGUCCAUACUCGACGAGAAUGCAGCUUUUCUUUUCAAUGCUCAAGACAGGAGUGCAUUUGUUAAAGUGCUCCGGCAUCCUAAGCAACAAACACUUAAGCAGCUAUACAGGAGCCGUACGGAGAAUGUCCACAGCACGUUACCUCCUACCACCACGUUUCCCCAGCUCAAAGCUUUCAGGAACAAACUCAAUCAGCUACGUCUAAGUAUGUCACAGGCGGCAGACAACCUCCACUCCUCCGCGCUAGAAGAGAUAGAGCAGGAACGCAAGGUGGAGUUCCAAGUUAAAGAAGUGCGCGAGGUGCAGAAAGCCGUGCACUACGAGGCUCAUACGUUUCCUAGACUCUAUUCAGCCAUUUCUAACUUUAUAAGCACUAGUCGUCUGUGUAGAAACGUAGGAUACAAAAGCGUGUUGAAUGCUGUUUCACGCACGUCUACCAGCAACAGAUCUAGCAUCAGAGGAACAGAAUCUAGCUUAUUCGUUUCGGCCGAGUUUAUAAGGACAAUCAAAACAAAGGAACGUAGCUUAAUUAACAAUUUUCUAAUCCUUUACAACCCCAUUACCUCUAACACACUCAUCAUCAUCGCCGAGGAAGCAGAGGCUGUAAUUCCUUAA